UUUGAGACAGGCAACAAGCAGGCAUUCUAUUUCCGGUUCACCGGGGUCCUAACAGCGCGGAUUAGCGAGAAGUACCAGUUGUAUUCGCAGCAAACUUUAUUUUCCUUUAAAUUAUAUACCAAGCUGUAAACAUGUCUGGAAGAGAAGGAGGUAAGAAGAAACCACUGAAGGCCCCCAAGAAACAGAACAAGGACGUGGAUGAUGAUGAUGUAGCCUUCAAGCAGAAGCAGAAGGAAGAACAGAAGGCCCUGGAGGCGUUGAAGGCCAAAGCAUCAGGAAAAGGACCUUUAACUGGAGGUGGCAUCAAGAAAUCUGGGAAGAAGUAAAACCUGAGCUGCUGAUUUUUUUUUGUUUUUUUUGUUUGCUCCCGGUCUUGCUUCCUUCGUCUUUUUGCUGAAAGACUACAGUUUGUUUUGCUCUGUAAAAAAAUAAACAGCAUCAAACUCAAAACCUGCUUGGGUGCUCAACCUUCAGUGGGGCAGUACAGGGAAUAAAUUUAACAAUGUUAGGUUUUCAAGGACAAUGGCCCUCCAACUGUGAUGUUUCACUCAUACACACAGAUCAGCCACAAAUCAUUAUUGUGUGGAAGCAUUGGCAGUGGAUCUCAUUCUGCCCAUUGAGCCUGCUCAGAUUGGGUCUUGGUAUUUUUGGAGGCCAGGCCAACACCUUUGUAUUUCCUAAGCAGUUUUUGCUUUGUGUAUAGUUCAGCGUCCUGCUGGAGGAGGCUGCUGCCAUGCACCAAUGUUUAGGUAGGCGAUGACAUCGUGUUCUAAUGUUGUGGCUGAUCAGUGUAUAUUGACCAAGAUCUUUAAACCUAGUAUAGAAAUGAAGGCCUGCAGCUUAAGAUGUAGGAGGAGUGUAAAGCUAAUGUCCACUGCAUUUUGUCUCCAUGUGAAACUGUCAAACACAAACCAGCCCAAGUCCAUGAUUUUUGCUAUCUUGUAAAGAGGGAGAUGCCAAUAAAGUUUUUUUUUUUUUUAUUAUUAUUUCUUGUUAUGGUUUGUUCUGUUUUUUUAAUUUGGUAAGAAAUCACUUAAAGCUCAAUUAUCAGGCUGUGUUUAAAUUAAAGUAAUUAAAACAGUA